AUGCUUCUCCUAUUUCUUCUCACAUUUCUGUUAUCUCCGAGCUUCCAACAACAAACUUUCCAAAAUACAAUUUUCGAUUUACCCGCACAACUCGGUGGUGAACCAGUUGGUGUAGCUGCACAAGCUCAAGGCGCCCCAACAUUUGUCAAAUUACCUGACGCAGUUCCUCCACCAGCUCAACCUGCACCUCCAAUUGCUCCACCUGCAAUUCCAACUCCAGCUCCCGCAUUCACAUUCCCAACCUUGGCACCUUUCACAUUGCCCUCCCAUCCAACUCUUCCACCAUUUAGCAUUCCAACACAUGCUCCAUUUACUUUCCCAGUUUUCACAACUCCUGCUCCAUUUGUUCCACCAAGUCCAUAUCAACCACAACAACAAACUCAAAAUUAUCAAUAUAGUGGAUAUCCACAAUAUUAUAAUCAACAACAACAACAAUAUACAGGAUAUAAUCAGGUUGGCUUAGAUUUCAAGAAAACAUUUAUUUUAAAAUCCUCCUAUGAACUUUCUGAACUUCCAAUGCUGAUCUGUUUAAUAUUCCAAAUACAUUUCUUGCCACGUGGCAUUUUUAGGAUACUGUAGAUUAGAGACUAGGAUUUCUGAUUUUGAGAAUUUCAUUCACAGAAAUCUUUAAAAGAUUUUUUGCCAUGUGGCACUUUUUUAUAGAUUUGGAUUAUUGAGGAUACAAAUAACAUGAGUCACAAAAACUUAUCAAUAAAAAUAACAAGUUCCUCCGUUCUUCAAUUUUUAUUACUGACAGUCAUAUUUCCCGAAAGUUUUGUUAUUGUUUUCUUUUCUUUUAUUAUUCAAAAUAACACAAAGAUGCCGUUGUAAACACAAUCAAAUCAAUUAGGAAAGGCAGAUACAGGAAAAAUACACGAAAGAAAAAUCUGGUUUUCGAACUGGAUAUGUUUUCUGUGGCUUUUGUGUUUUUCCUAGAUAAAUAUGUAUAUAUAACAACAGGUAUAACAAGAGAAAGGAGAAAAAAGGAAAAGAAAACGAGAAAUCUGUGGAUAAAAAACAUGAAAAAAAAAAGAAAAUAUGGAUAGAAGGGAUCUAUAGGAAAUUAAGGGUUUUUGAAUUUAAACAUUAUGAUACAUUAUAUUCGCGCUCAACCUUCAGCAACCCAAAACUCAUCAUUUUUCAGCAAUACAAUCAACAACCAUACAACAAUUACUACAAUAAUUAUUAUAAUCAACAAGUUCAACAACCUCAACAACCUCAAAUCCAACAAGUACCUCAACCUCAACAAGUAGUUCAACAAAUCCCAGCUCAACCUCAAAUCCCACAACCAAAACCAAUCGAAGCUCAAUCAUUCGAAUCUCAAACUCAAAUCGUUCAACCAAUCAGAACAAUUCAGGAAAAUGCGCAAGUUGUUCAACCAGUUCUUAGACCAGUGAGUUUUGAGAUUCUAGAUUUUUCAACCUAAACCUAUGAACUUUUAGGCAGUAGCAGCAGCUCAUUCAGUUCCAACUCAAACCGUUGUUGACACUGAAUCUUCAAACAAAAAAGCUGAGAAUUUCAACAAAGCCACUUUUGGUGAAAAUGGUGUGAAGCCAAGCAGUGUUGAAAAAGCGUCGCUUGAUGCCGAGGUUUGUACUUUUUCCGGAUGUAGGGUUACUGUAGGGUUUGGUACUGUAGUUCAAUUUAUUUUUUGAAAGAUCAAGAGUUCUUAUAAUUUUUUCUGCAUUUAAAAAUUCAGAUCUACUUAGAAAAUCACUGAAAUACUGUAGACCUUAAAAUUACAGUACUUCAAAAAAAAGGAAAACACAAUAAAAAAUUUGGUGAAAAACUAUAGCAUCUCAUGGAUUACUGUAAAAAAUGAUAUAAAUGUUUGAUGAAAAAUUAUUUUUUCUUUCUAGAAAAAAAUAGGUUUCAAAAUAUUCAUUUGAUUUUUUUUUGAAUUAAAAUAUUCGAUGCAUAUCAUAUUUAACAGUCAAAAACGGGAAAAAUAGAGCUAGUAGUACUGUAGGCUUGGUUACUGUAGAUCCUAUCCCAAUCUCAAAAUUGUUUCCCCAUUUUUUUCAGGUAGAUUCAAAUCUUGAUCGUCAUGCCUGGUUUUCGCCAGAUUACGAUGUCAAAGGUGUGUUUUUCCCGCACUACAUUUUUUUAUCCCCGAAAAAACUUCCAAAAUUUUUUCAGAAUGCCGCAAAUCUCUCAACGGAAUCGGUGUCAAAUUCCAGAAAAAGUUCCCUUCAUAUUUGCAAAAAGGUGGAAAAGAUCGCGAAUUAUCGGAACUCGUCGAGCAACGACUUUUGGAAUGCGAAAGAAAAUCGACAGCUUCGCAUUGGGAUAAAGUCGACACACUUUUGCAGAAAAUCAAUUUGACAAAGAGUGAAGAAGGAGAAUGUCGAGCUGGAUUGAUUCAGGUAAGAAGAGAGAAAGGGUAGCAGUUGUGCGACCUUUUAAAUAUUGCGAAAUCUACCGUUCAAAUAUUCAGGAACGAAUUUCAUGUGUGAAUUUAUUGAAAUACGCCUGUCAAUUCGUCGAUUCCUCAUAUCAUUUCAAAUUGGUCCCAGCCAGAAUCACAAUUCAAGAAGCGAGACAAGCUGAAAGUGGAGCUGAAAAAUGUCGACAAGUUGUGCGAAUUGUUAAACAACGUUUGGAAAGUGGAGCUGUUACUUUGUAA